CGGGAACACUGCUCAGCUCGAGCCCUGGAUCAAGCUGCUCGCCAUGCCCCACUGGCGCAGCGAGUCCCCCACCGCCCCGAAGCGGCGCCGGCGGGCGCCCUGGCCGCCGCCGGGCGCCCCGCUGCUCCUCGGUGUCGACGCUGCCGCGCUCGCCGGGCCCUGCGGGGGCGGCGGCAAGCGCAAGCGCGCCGAUGGCUUCGGAGAGGGCUGGGGCGGCCUCGCUGCAGCCUCCGAGGAGCCUCCGCCGCGGCGCAGGCGCCGCCGCCUGGACGCGGCCGCGGCGCAGGCGCUCGGCGCCCUCGGCGGCCUCGGCCCGGCGGGCGGCCCGGGCGAGGCCGGGCUCGCCGGCGCGCAGCUGCUCGGGGCGUCGCUGGUGCUGGCGGGCUCCCGUCCGCCCCGAGGAUCGUGCUGGGAAUCGCCCUGUCCGUGGCGCUAG